UGGCAUUGGCUUUUGUGGGUAUUUGGCUCUUGGCUGCUGUGGACUUAAUUCUUUAAUAUUUAAUUCUUUAUAACCCGAAAAAAAACAAAGAAAAAUGCUGAAGCAAGUAACGAAACAAUUGGCCCUUCAAGGUGUGCGACAGUUCUCUGUCAGCCAGCAGAACAACUACAAGGUGACCGUUUGCGGAGCCGCUGGCGGCAUUGGUCAACCUCUGUCUCUGCUGUUGAAGCAGAAUCCCUUGGUCACCGAUCUGUCUCUAUAUGAUAUUGUACAUACCCCCGGUGUGGCUGCCGAUUUGUCUCACAUUGACACCAAGAGCAAGACAGCCGGAUUCAUUGGAGCCGACCAGUUGGCCGAUUCUCUCAAGGGAUCCGAUGUUGUUGUCAUCCCCGCUGGCGUACCCCGCAAACCGGGCAUGACUCGUGAUGAUCUGUUCAAUGUCAAUGCCGGCAUUAUUAAGGAUAUUUCCAAUUCCAUUGCCAAGAACUGCCCCAAGGCUUUGGUGGCCAUCAUUACAAACCCAGUGAACACCUGUGUGCCCAUUGCCGCUGAGAUUCUGAAGAAGGCUGGUGUCUACGAUCCCAAGCGUCUGUUCGGUGUCUCCACUUUGGAUGUGGUGCGUGCUCGUGCCUUCAUUGGCCAUGCCUUGGGUGUGGAUCCCCAGACUGUGCAGAUUCCCGUAAUUGGUGGUCACUCUGGUGUCACCAUCUUGCCAGUGCUCUCCCAGAGCCAGCCCCUGUUCAAGGGCAACCAGGAUGCCAUUGAGAAGUUGACCGUUCGCAUUCAGGAGGCCGGUACUGAGGUCGUGAAGGCCAAGGCUGGUGCUGGUUCGGCCACCCUCUCCAUGGCCUACGCUGGUGCCCGUUUCGCUGGCUCUCUGCUUAAGGGUCUUAAUGGUGAAAAGAAUGUGAUUGAGUGCUCCUAUGUCCAAUCGAACAUCACAGAGGCUACCUUCUUCUCCACUCCCCUCGUUUUGGGCAAGAAUGGUCUGCAAGAGAACCUGGGUCUGCCCAAGCUUAAUGACUACGAAAAGAAAUUGCUGGAGGCAGCCAUUCCUGAACUGAAGAAGAACAUCCAGAAGGGUAUUGACUUUGCCAAUGCCUAAAUAAUGGAAAUUGCGCAACUCAAUACCACCUUCCCAUCCUCCUCCAUCCAACCCUCUUCAGUUACCUUGUUACAAUCGGUUUACUACUUAGCAAAUUCUUUUAUGCUUUAAGUCGAAAGAUCUACUAUGUUGUCCACAGAAAAAUAAAACUAGAAAUUUUUUGGAA